AUCUUCCGUAAAUAAGCAAAAUGGCGUCGUCUGAGUUUCCCUUACACGAAAGAGUAUUCAAUGGCGACAUUAAACGGGUUUCUAGAUUGAUACGAACCUGUGACGUAUCUCAGAGAGACAAUCAUGGAAAUACUCCUCUACACCUUGCAGUCAUGCUUGGGCAUAAAGAAUGUGUGCAUUUGCUACUUGCUCAUGGAGCCCCGGUGAAGGUGAAAAAUGCUCAGGGAUGGACACCAUUGGCAGAAGCCAUCAGCUAUGGUGAUCGACAGAUUAUUCUCUUGGUAUUACGGAAACUGAAACAACAGUCCCGGGAAGCCUUAGAACAAAGACGCCCUCUGAUUGUCCAGGCCCUUAAAGACAUUGGAGACUUUGACAUGGAGCUUAAAUGGGAUUUUCAAAGCUGGGGUAAGAUUGCGUAGCAUGUGUGUUUAGACUUUUCAUUAUAUCUGCAUUCCCGUGUUAAAUCUCAGAGGUAAGCUACUGUAGAUUUCUAACCCC